AUUAGGACCCUAGAAUGAAAAUUCGUUCUCCUGUUUGAGAAAAAAAAUGUUUGCGUAAUAAAUAUUUUAUCCUCAAACGUUACGUUACAAUCGUGUCUUACUUAAUUUAAAACACUUCAUUCGCUAUUAUGAUCGCAUUAACCCGUUCGCAUUAAUCCUUGCUGUUUGGCGAUCACAUUAACCCGUUUAUAUACCAGACAAUAUCGUCGCCAACUAUUACAUUUCGCUAUGCAAUCAUACGCCUUUGCGGAAGAGAGAAACUCACGUCAACUUUGCAAAUCCCUUUUGCGGCAUUCGAUUCAAUACGCAUGAUCAUUAAUAGAAGUUAUAAAAAUGAUAUGUAAAAUGUUAUCACAUGUAGCGAUAAGCUCAUUGCAUCAGACGCUUAACGUUAGCGUCUGCAUCUGACGGUAAAUUAUGCCAUCUUUGCAUACCUUCUCUAUCCGAAACAUGUAAUGGGCAGACUACUUAUCGUCAUAACUUGAAAUAUAUGCUUCGGAUACAAGAGGACACUUUACAAGAGGAAAAAUUGUCUUAGAAUUCGUUCAAAAAUAUGUAAUUUCAAGGACAGUAAGUUGUUCUGGAUAAUCCUAUAUAUAACAUAAACACAAAAACUACAACGAAAUUAAACGUCCUUUAUCGUGCAUAGUAUGAAAUCGAUUAAAAAUUCAUCUAUAAACAUCAUUAGCACACCAUUAUUAUAACCAUAUCUCUCUCACAAGUGAUACUGAAACAUAUACAAAUCCAUGAAUAUAAUUCUUUUUUAAUCAAUACCAACAGGUCUGCAACCAGAAUGGUUGUGUAUGCUUUUCUUGUGCUCGUUGUUCUGGCAUGCGCCGUUCAAGGUGAAUGUGUCGAUUAUAUAACAAAAAUCUCACGAUGAAAAUAAGCGGAUGGCGGAUAGCAGUAACGUAUUUUUCUGAUAAUUUUUUUUUCUGAAAAUCAUUUUUACCGUAAUACUGACAAGUCUAAUCUCUUAUCUAUCUCCCUCGCAGUUUGUCUCCUAAGCAACUUUUAAUUUUCUCAAACAGUACAUUCAAGGAAAGAGAACUGUUUGCUUGAUUUUGUUAACUUAAAUGUUGUUGCAAAUGAUCUGGCCAAAACUAUUAGACUGUAUUAAGUCUAAACCAAUAGAAUUGUAAUGAUAUUUGCCACCACCAUCGUCUGCUGUUCUAGCAAAGAAGUUUUAAUAGAAAUUUAUUGUAUAAUUACGGCAACGUCAUCAAACGUUUUUUUAUCCCAGUGUAGCCAUAAACUUUCUGGCUAUUAUCGGAUAGAGUAUCAAUAUUCUAUCUAGAUCUUCGUUUAUUAUUCGCAAAAAUACAUACGGAUGUACAGUGUCUAAUAAUACAUAUAUUCUUUGUUCCGUGUGACGAUAUGGAAUGCAUUUAUUUCUCUCUUUCUGUAUAUUAAGAAUCUCUGACUGUAUGUGGCAAAGGUGUUACGGUCGGUAAAUAUCCGUUUGAAGUAUCGCUGAAGUACAGAAAUGAUCAUAUAAUAUGUUAUGUAGCGGGUCUAUCAUCGGCAAUCGUACCAUAUUGACAACAGAGCUUUGCGUCAACAAGUUCAAUUUAACGGAUUUGAAAGUCCAUGCGGGCACGAUCUCUCUCAAGGACAAAGGCAAAGUUUAUUCAAUAAAAAGUGUGUUGAUCAAAAAUAGCAUUGCUCUGCUUCAUCUUAAUGCAUCAAUCGUGUUCAACAAUACAAUUCGGCCGAUCAAACUUCCGACCUCUAACAUCGAUAGCGGAGCAUGUAAUUUAAUCGGAUGGACACGUACUGAACAUUGUAACAAUCUUUUGGACAACCUCCAAGAAAUGGAAUUAGAUAUAUAUUCUUACGAGAAAUGCAAGCAAAUAUAUCCGUAUAUUCGGAAAAAUAUCAUUUGUGCUCAGCCGAAAGGAAGAGACACUUGUUAUGAUGAUCUCGGUGCACCUUUGGUGGCCAAUGGUACUUUAAUCGGAAUCGCCCAUUUGACUACAAAAAUAAACCCGUUUAUACCUAUUGAUGGUUUUUUAAGAAUAUUUUUAUCCACAAAAUGGAUCAACGAAAAUAUGGGGAAAUAGGGGAUUAAGGACUAAAGAACUGUCCAAUGACAUUUGUAAUGAUAAAGAUAUUACGGAAUUGGCUUCACACAAUCGAUCGAUAUGAGAAAACAAAUUGAUUUAAUUUUUAUCUGAAUUUCAUGAAUUUAAUUAGAUAAUAAUUAGUUUUUGGC